GUAUUUAAUUAUGGUGCACUCUAGUAUUGCAGAAAUAAUUUAGUUAUAAAAUGUGCUACUGAUUGCACUUAGCAAACUACCUGACUGUAUAAUGUCAGGUGUCCAUCCCGCCAGCACUGUGGGCUACACCUCUACUGCUGGUGACUGGCUUUAUGGCUCAGAGGGAAACCAAGACAUACAACUUUCACCAGCAAAAAGUCCUGAUAAAAAGAAGGUCCAGCUAAAAGAUCCUGAUCGUUGCUUCCCAGUAAAGGUGGCAGUGGAGUCCUCACGAUUGUUUGAUAAAUCAAGCAGCACAAAUUACCAGCUAUGUUCCAAGAAGUUUCCCUCUAUAAAAUUUACUUUCGAAUCUCUGAUCAGGAACAGCAGAGUAAACACUGAAUGCCUGGCAAAUAGCGCUGCAAAAGCGUACAGAAGACAGAAACAGAUGGUGGUGCCGUUUAUUUGGGGCAUUCUGGUUGGGAUAACUAUUACUGCGCUCCUGUUUCAACAGCACAUACUUUUUAGUGGGACAAUUAAUUGGCCACCUGAUGCUGGAAGAGUCGUAGCCAUAGACGAUACAUUAAGGAACUCUAUAUUAAUAGGGGCUAAUAAAUCUCUUUCUAGUAGAGCUGUUCAAACAACUAUAUCAACACGGUUUGUUCAUCAGAAUUUGGGAAACAGUUUAAUUUCAAGUGAUGCCCCACCAUCAUCAAAGAUUGAGGAGUCAACGAAGGUAAAAACUCGGUUGUAUGUUGGGGUCAUCACUGCCGAAAAAUUCCUUCCUACAAGAUCAGUUGCUGUGAACAAUACAUGGGGAAAUCAGGCUGACAAGUUAGAGUUCUUUGCCGCUAAUGGAACCCCUGAAGAAUAUGGUGUACCAGUUGUAAGUUUGGAAGGAGUCAGUGACCAUGAAUAUCCUCCGCAGAAAAAAGCAUUUCGCAUGCUACAGCACAUCUGCACACAUCAUAUCAACGAUUUUGAGUGGUUUGUCAGGGCAGAUGAUGAUGUUUACAUGAGGGUUGAGCUACUCAAGCAGUUCCUGACACAAAUCGACGCCGAAAAAAUGAUUUACAUGGGUCAGCCGGGGCACGGAGUACCAGAAGUUCGCGACCGACUUGGACUGCACGGCCACAACUUCUGCAUGGGCGGACCAGGGGUCUUCUUCAACAGGAAAACACUUAAAGCCCUGUGUCCUCACAUCAGCCAGUGUAUAAAUGACGUCGUAUCCGGCGAAGAGGAUGUGGAGAUCGGACGAUGCGUCACAGCUCAUUUGCAUAUCGAGUGCACUCAUGCGUGGGAGACCCUGAAACUCUUCUACCAUUCCUACCAAGAAGAAUACACUGAGGAGAAACCAUUUCUUGGCAAUCUUGCCGAGAACGACCAUGUCAAUAAAGCUCUCACUUUGCACCAUAUUAAAGUGCCUUACAUAAUGUAUCGCGUGCACCGACAUUACACCAGUAUUAUGGUGAACGCUACUGUGCAGAAAAUGAAAUCACAGCGGAUCGACCUUGAGCUGUCCAACAUUCGUCUACCCAUGGAUGAACAGCGCCAGCUUGUGACCAGCAAACAGAUUCCCAUGGCGAACAAACCCAGCCACUUACGUGAAGUUAAUACAUGGAAAUCAUUUCGCACCGAUUCGAUAUACUCUAUAGCGGCCGGUGACGUCACGAGUGACAUCACAAAUGACGUACUUGCUGAUUUAAAACAGAUCGGGGAAACUGGUAUUGACGAAGCGAUCGGUCUUCCGCAACAGCAGUUUACCUACAGUCACGUAAGCGAUGGUUACCUACGAUCUGAUCCCGUCCGUGGAACUGACUACUUGCUCGACGUUUAUUUCAGCAGCAAAUCAAACGACGUUGCUGACGAAAUUCGUCGUGUGCAUCUGGUACGACCUUUGAGCGAGUUGGAAGUCACGCAUGUUAAAAGACCUUCAGUCGCCAAUAAAGGUGCGAGACCUCCGUUCUACGUCAUACUUCCAUUACCCGGGUCACGUGGUUCUGACCUAGACGUGUUUGUGCGGAACGAGUUUGAGCCAUCUUUCUUCGUACCUGAAGACGACCGCGCUUUUUUGAUCGUCGUGCCGUUAGGUGGCGCCGACAAGCAGCAAAGCCCAACUAUCAACGAAGUGUCGGAUUGGUACAGAGUUAAAUACCCCCAAACUCCGAUUACUAUUUUAGAAAGAUCUAGCAUCCAAACAGUGGAAGAUGCUUACUCUCAAGGUCUUGCUCUUAUCCAGGAACAACAGAAACCUGGUGACCUGUCGCCGCUGGUGCUUUUCACUGCGACAAACCUUACUCUGACGUCAAACGUCUACAGUUCGUGCCUCUUUCGUACCGGGUUGUCUGACGUCACACAAUCGGACAGUUUCUAUAGCAACUACAACUUCGUCGAUUACAAGAGCCGAAGAAAACGUUCCAGUCGACCUUUCGCGCAAAUCUAUCAACCUGUCCCAUUCCGGAUUUUUCCGCUUGCAUCCGGAACCCAAGAGCCGAACACUGGAGCACAGAUCGUUAAUGAAGAUAUCGGUUUUUGGGACACGUCGUCUACCUUUGGCGAAGAAGGCAACGACGUCUUAGCGCCACUAUGCGGCCGACUAAACGACCUCGCACUACCCACAGUUGGGCUGAGGACGCACGAGAACACAACUUCUCAACAAAAAUCACUAAAGCAGUCCAUAUACGAGCGCAUAUAUAGCGGACAACUGACUAUUAUUCGAACGCCUGACCGCAAUUUUUUUACUAAACCUAGAAGGUGACAAACAGAUGUAGCCACGUAACUGUGCGUCCAUACACUGCUAGUGUUAUCGUCGAUAUCAUGCCUGACGUAUUUAGUAUUUAUUAUUCUAACUCAUUUUAUACAUGUAUAUAUCCUAUUUAUUAUCACAUUAUUAUCACACGGUGAAAGGUACAAUUAGAGAAUUCUUUGUUUUUUCCGCCUUAGUUAAAAGACGUUUCGUUUCGCCACCAUGCAGUAUAUCAUUACCGAGCAUGCAAGACUGACAACAAAGCAUUUUACUUAUUAGGAAUCAACUGGUCUUGCCAAGUUGCAGGCCCGUUUCGCUUGGCUGCUCACCCACACAAUGCACGGGUGCUUGAAAUAUUGUUAAGUUUUGCAUUUUCUCAAAUGACAAUUUUAGUAUUUUGCGUUAGUAUCUAUACAUGCUUACGUACUACUUACUUGCUGCUAAUUUCGGUAAACAACCCCACAACAACCGUUACCAUUUACCAAUAACAGUUCUAAAAAGCUAUUUUUACUUGCAUUCCACAGACACAGUUGCCGUGACCCCUUUUAACAAACCUGUUUUUUUUUAAAACCGUCUUUUCGAUUUCUUACGCUUAAUUUUAAGAAUCCACCCAUGACAAUUCUACAAUUUAAGAUUUUUGUAAAGUAAUUUUCAUGUAUACUAAAUCAACCCUACAUAUAUGAUGCAAAAUCCUAUCAGCGACGAAAAUAUUCCAUUAAGUAUUUUAUCGAAGGUGCCAAGCCCCAAAUUUAAUAUAACAGAGGUUUUCUUGAUUUAU